AUGAACAAAAGUUUCCAGAAAAUCGAGGAGCUGAUGACGUUGAACUCAUUUUUGAAGAAAUCUUCUGCCGCCGAGGAACAAAAAGAAGAAGAGAAGCCGACACCACAACAAGAAGCGAUCGCAUUACGCGGUCUGGAAAUCAUCCAACGGAAUCACCUACUGGAGGACACAAUCCACAAUGCGGAACGGACGAUGCUUUGCGAUUUUUUUGAAGCCGCUGAACUGAAACCGACUCAUACGAUUGUCACGAUCAUCGAUAAGGCGCUAUCUUACGCUAUUGAUGUGAUACUGAUGCGGCCGGAUAUGUUCGACGACUUUGUCGAUAAUGAACUAAGGCUAUUUCUUCUCGAUACCACUAAGGCAAAGCAUAUUCUUCUCGACGUCAUGUUGCUUCAUCCCGAGUUCGUACCUCGUGCAUGGGGAGGAGAUGUUUUGAUGAAACGCAAACAGCAAGCCAUAAUUGAUGGUGAAUUGAAUCGUACGGUCAACGUUACUGAAGAUAAAACGAUCAGAGAUGAUGACGUCAUUGAAGUAGUACCUCACAAAGUAAGAACACCUACGGCACAAUCAUCUCCACACAAACUAUACAAGUCUCCCACUGGGAAGGUGGAAAAACGCGAAAAGAAGUCGUCCUCUGAAGGGACUGUGGGGAAGAAAGAUGACGGGAAAACUGUGGCGAAAGCAGGGCAAACAGCUGUUCCUAUCAGAAAAAUCGAGUCGAAGGACGAGAAGAAAGCAACUGAAUCGCCUGCACAGAAGAAACUAACACCAGCUCCACCGUCACCAGCUGCCGUGCAGAAGAAAUCGCCCGCCCAAAACGGCAGCCAGAGUGGAGGUAAGCCCACUACUCCACUAGCGAAACCCGCUGAGAAGGUGGUGAACGGGAGAAAGACUCCGAGUCCAGCGGCGGUUAAGCCACCCGCCAGAAAUCAAUAUUGA